UCAGUCGGAACAUUAUUCCAUUUUCCCUAGAGACGUGAAAUGUCGUCUUACUUCAUUUAAUGUGUGAAUCUCUGAAAGCGGACGACUCAUCGAGGAGAGAAUCCGCGGCGGCGCGUGCUGAUCCCUUCCCCGCCAUUUUAGCACAGCUGAAGAAUCUCGGAUACUUGUGGACCAAGGGCUUGAUACUCUUCCUAGAUUCCCGACGAUUUUGCAAGCGAACACCAUUCUUGUGAUGGAGCUUUGGGAUGGGCGAUUCGAGCUCAAGGAGGCUGCGAAGCUUGAAGGUCAUACUGAUAGGGUAUGGAGUCUGGCAUGGAAUCCCGCCACCGGAGUUGAAGGAAUUCCACUUAUUUUUGCUUCCUGUAGUGGCGAUAAGACCGUUCGUAUAUGGGAGCAAUGUCCCUCAUCUGGCUCGUGGAACUGCAAGGAAGUUUUAGAAGAAACGCAUACUAGAACUGUUAGGUCGUGCGCUUGGUCGCCAAAUGGGAAAUCAUUGGCCACGGCAAGCUUUGAUGCCACCACGGCUAUUUGGCAGAAUGUCGGGGGUGAUUAUGAAUGUGUUUCCACUCUAGAGGGUCAUGAGAAUGAGGUCAAAAGUGUAUCUUGGAAUGCAUCUGGUUCUCUGCUUGCAACAUGCAGUCGAGAUAGAACCGUUUGGAUUUGGGAAGUAUUGCCCGGCAAUGAGUAUGAGUGUGUUUCGGUGUUGCAAGGACAUACACAGGAUGUAAAAAUGGUUCAGUGGCACCCAACCAUGGAUCUUUUAUUCUCGUGUAGCUAUGACAAUACUAUCAAGGUUUGGGCAGGUGAUGAUGACAAUGAUGAUUGGCACUGCGUUCAAACUUUAGAUGAAUCUAACAAUGGUCACUCUUCUACAGUUUGGGCCCUUUCUUUCAACGCAACUGGAGACAAAAUGGUUACCUGUAGUGAUGAUCUCACCCUUAAAAUAUGGGAAACGGAUGGGACAAGGUUGCAUUCUGGGGGUGACUAUUCACCAUGGAGGCAUACUUGCACUCUUUCCGGUUAUCAUGAUCGAACAAUUUUCUCUGUUCACUGUUCAAGACAUGGCAUAAUUGCUAGUGGAGCUGCUGAUGAUGCGAUCCGUUUGUUUGUGGAGAAUCAAGAGAAAGUGGUUGAUGGAUCUUCAUUCCAGUUGCUUUAUAAGAAGGAGAAGGCCCAUGACAUGGAUGUAAAUUCAGUGCAAUGGAGCCCCGGGGAGAAGAGGCUGCUUGCUUCAGCGAGCGACGAUGGUACAAUAAGGAUAUGGGAGCUGGUUCCUAUUUCCUAACUUAACUUUCCGAAUCAUGUUUGUGCGAUAGUAUAUUUUAUAUAAUAACCAAGAGGUAUCAUAUAUACUAUGUGAAUUAUAAUGUUCAAGCUGAUGAUCGGAAAAGUACCCAGAAUUCCAAUAACCUGUGUUUUGGAGCAUCCAUUCAACAUUUAUUUCUCUUGAUUAUGGUGUCUUUAACCUUAUUGUUGGGUCCUAUUUAGGGGAAUUGUUUCUAGUGAAAAAUCAUAAUGUCUGACUUGGUGAAUGAUAAAUUGACUGGAGAUGGCAAUUCGAGUAUAGUUCAAAAUA